AUGGGUAUCCCAUUCUACUUACAGUACUUUGCGGAGAAGGAUUUAAACUACAAGUAUGAGUUCCUCACCAUGGCUGUCACCAUGCUUCUCCCUUUGGCUCAUGGUAUUUUGUUCUUAUGGAUCCCUUGGUUUCUUCGAUCCAAAAGAGAUGCGGCUUCCUUAAAGUAUAAGCCUUACUUCACAUUUAUCAAGUAUUUCGACUCGUUCACUAGGGUUUUCAGGGUUCGUUUAUUAGGAAAGACGUUUUUUAUCCAGCCCAGUUUGUUGGUGGUGUGGGUGUUUCAUUUGGGUAUCACUGGAUACUUUCUGAUUGCUGAGACUUCUAAAAUUGAUUACCAGCCUCGCUUUUACAUUGUAUCUAAGAGAUUGGGAAGAAUCUCCAUUGGAUCGAUCCUCAUGAUUCUUCUUUUUGUCUCCAAGAACAAUUUUGUCUCCGCCCUUAGUGGUUUGACCUUGGAUAAGGCAGUGUUCUUUCAUAAAUGGUUAGGUCGUUACAUGUUCAUCACAGCAACCAUUCAUAUGAUUCUCUCGCUCAAGUAUUGGCUUGACUUGAAAUUUUAUAUCAUGAUUCAGAUUCCUCCUCAAAUCUUCGGAAUGAUUGCUUACUCAUGUUUGGGUAUGUUGAACCUUGCAUCUUUCAAAUUUAUUCGUAAUUUUGCGUUUGAUUUGUUUUUGGUUCAGCAUAGAAUUUUCAACUUCAUCAUGCUUUUAUUGGUGUAUUUCCAUAAUGGAGGAAACCAUGCUAUUGUACUUCUUGGUGUCCAUCUUUUGGUGCUUGACAGAAUCACAAGUAGAGUAUUGGGUGUUCUCCACAAAAGAAGAGGUCCAACAAAAGGUGUUUCUGAGUUUGAGAUUUUGGAUGAGACUACAAUUCGUAUUUCUAUUCCUAUCAAGAUCAAAGACUCAGACAACCAGAAGUGGUGGUGGUGUCUUGUUCCCCGAUACGGAAACUGGAGAGCAGGUCAGCACGUCCACUUGAACGUCAGCAAGGUUUCUCUCUUUCAGUAUCAUCCUUUCACUAUUGCAAGUUUGUCUGAUUCUGGAAAGAUUGUCAUCGUGAUGAAGGUGCACAAGGGCUUCACCAGAAAAUUAAAGAAGAAGUUGAUUACUCUUAUGGAGAAAGAAGAUGAGGAAGCUGCUACCGAGAGCAGCAAUGAAAUAACUUCCACUCAUUCUGUUGCUACAUCAGAAGACAAUACCACAAAUUCCUCCGCUUCCGAAUCUGGAAGCUUGUUGAAGACUAAGGAAAUGGCAGAUGUGGAGGUUUACGCUCAUCCCGUUCAAGAGUUUAAGGAGAUUAUUGACUCAUUUGAGGCAGCAAGAAUCCUUAAAUUGAAAGCAGGUAUUAACGGUCCUUACGGUGGUGAUCACCAGCCAUUAACCAGAUUUGAUUCUGUGGUUUUAUUCAGUGCUGGAUCUGGAGCUUCGUUCACACUUCCAGUUGCUUUGGAUUUAUUGAAGACCAUUAAAGCCAGAGAAGAAGCAGACGACUACUUAUACCGUCCAGCAACUACAUCUAUUAACAUCGUCAUGGCUAUGAAGAAGAUUGCUAAUCUUCAAUGGUACGACCACUUAUGGGAAGAGUUCUUGCCAUUCCUCAAUAGUGGAAGAGCUCACCUUUCGUUGCACAUCACUCAAGAAGUUCCAGAUGCUGCUUCAGUCGACGGAGAAGAAAGCGAGUUAGGAGAAGAAAAGGAAGAUUCUGCUAAGGUUAGACAGUUUCUUAGCAGGGGAAGUUCCAGCAACAGAAACCAAAGCUUCUCCACUGGCUCAUCAUCUUAUGAUCAAAUCAGAGGCUUCUCUAUCACUUACGCUCGUCCUGACUUUGCUACAAUCAUCGGGGAUGCUGUGAAACAGGUCAGUUCUAAAGAUUACAGAAAGUCGUUUGCUUGCUUGGGAUGUGGACCAGGCAGCUUCAACGGAGAGAUCAAGUUGGCAUGUCAAGCCAACAGAUGGGUGGAAGGUGCUCCAGAUGUCUACUGCUACACUGAAUCUUUUGGUUGA